AUUACAGGUGUGAGCCACCAUGCCAGGCCUUUAGACAGUUUUAUAUUUACUUUCUUUGUUUCACUUUGGUAAAGGAGUUCAGAGCUGGAUUUUUCUCAUAUUUUCCAUCUUGUUCAGAAGAAGAAAAUGCCUAGAGGAGGUAUUAGUAGUAUUAGAGCUCCUGUGAAAUAUAACUGUAUUAAACUUAAUAGAAUGUAUUAUUUUGGAUGUUAAUCAGAUACUACCUUACUACUAGAUUUUAACAUUUUGUAGCUAUAGCAUGCAUUAUUGUUUAUAGAAAAAAUUGUGGGAAGGGAAAACCAUGGCUUAGGAAAAGAUGAACAUUAACAGCAGAACUCUUUGGUCCAGCUUGUGAAAUGAUUAUCCUAGAGCUAAUAGAAUCAACAUGUUGAAGUAAUAAACUCUAAGAAAGUACCUCUGCUUUUUUUUUAAGUCAUGGCACAUAUAAUAACACUGAUUGCCAAGUCCUAAGGGAAGGUUUGAUACUGUCUGUGAAAUCGGAUACUUCCCAAAAUUCAUGAUAAUGAGAAUAUAUUGAAAGGUAACAGUUAAUCUGGGAUCUAACUAAAUUGUCAAAAGCCUGAGACAUUGGUAUCUAAGAGGCCUGAAGAAAUGAGGCUUUCUAUAGACAAGGGUGUUCUGGUCACUAGGAGGAAGCUUUGUAGCAGUAGAGAACCAAACACUACCACUCUUAUGAAGCCCUUGGGAACACUUUAAAACAUUUGUCUUAAAAAUAAAUAAAUAAAUAAAAAGAAUAAAAACACACCCAAGCCAGAAGAAAACAGCUAUUAUGAUCAAAUACCACAGCACUAAAAAAGUUUUGCUAUGUCUGGUUUUAAUUAUUUAAUAAAUACAUAACUUUGAAAUUUUUUAAAAGUAAUUAUUCUACAUCUAUGGGUGGUACGUAGCACAACUCAGUUCCAGUGGAAUUGGUUUAAGAAAUACUGCCUGUGGUGAAUUACCCAGGCUCUGAGAGUCCCAGCAACAUGGACGCCAGAGCUCUCAGGACCAUCUACCACCAUGUACUGUCAUUCUGUGCUGAAGCUGGCUUCUGAUUACUAAACUGGCUUUCCAGAAGGCUUGGAAUGGAAUGUGGAGUGCAGGGUACCCUAGGUAUCAGAUGUGAUUGUUCCAGUCAUUGGAACCAUAUAUUUCCCAUUACAUCUAACUUGUUGGCAUUCUGGGGUUUGUGUGUUUAAACUGUAUGAGUCUGUUUCUCGGAGUCCUGACUGCCCUUAGAGGAACUAAUAGUGUCUGAUCUCAAAGGUGAAGUUGGCCCUCCCUAAUCCUCAGAGCCUGCCCUUUCUAUCAACAAUUUUAUAGCCACAUUUUGUGUACAUGCAUAUUUUCUUAGGAUAAUCUGGAACUGGAAUUUCGAUGAGUGAAAAUUAUGAAUAUUGUUAUGUGUCACAAAAUUUCCCUUCAGAAAAGUUGUACCAUUUCCUCAUACUUUCAGCAAUACUAGCUAUUAUUCCUUUCCACCUUUGCUAAUGUGAGAGGCCUGUGCCACCCAAAGUCUUGGAAACUUGCUGGAUAUGAUGUACCAGGAGCCAGCACGAUGGUCCUACACAUUCCAGACAUUUUCCUUUAUGAGCCGCCUCAAAGUCCAGUUGGAACCCUUCCCUGAAAAGAAGCCAGUACAGAUCUUUGAGAGGUCUGUGUACAGUGACAGGUAUAUCUUUGCAAAGAAUCUUUUUGAAAAUGGUUCCCUCAGUGACAUCGAAUGGCAUAUCUAUCAAGACUGGCAUUCUUUUCUCCUGCAGGAGUUUGCCAGCCGGCUCAUGUUACAUGGCUUCAUCUACCUCCAGGCUACGCCCCAGGUUUGCUUGAAGAGACUAUACCUGAGGGCCAGGGAGGAAGAGAAAGGAAUUGAGCUGGCCUAUCUCGAGCAGCUUCAUGAUCAACACGAAGCCUGGUUUAUUCACAAGACAACUAAGCUCCAUUUUGAGGCUCUGCUGAACAUUCCAGUGCUGGUAUUGGAUGUCAACGAUGAUUUUUCUGAAGAAGUAACCAAACAAGAAGAACUCAUGAGAAAGGUAAACACCUUUAUAAAGAAUCUGUAACUAAUACCAUAACGUUCUGGCUGUGAUCUGGGCUCUCUGAGGUUCUGAAGCUAGAAAAAUGUUGCAUCUUCCACCCACCUUUCUGUCCCCAGCCCCUUCACCCCUAGAGUACUCUUAACACUCAGGGGGAUGGUUUGUGUUAUCUUCAGACUUUGCCAUUGUCUUCUUUUAUAUUUCAAGGACUUUGAAAAUAAAGUUUACUUAAGUUUUGCUUAUUUUCCUAA